AACUCCGCCCAUUCUAGAGCACCAAUCGCCGUGCGAUUCCCGGGGAUUUUGGCUGAGGGAGCGUCUCACCUGCGCAAAGUCAGUUUAGAGCAUUAAAGAAGGCUUAUUGCAGCUGGUACAAUUAAUAUUCUCAGGAAGACACAUUAGCUCUUUAUUUGGGUUCAACGACAGACACGUAUUGAUUAGGUUUACCGGAACACUGACUUGUAUUCUUGCAUACACAGCACGAGCCCCUGUUCUGAAGAAUAGAGUCUGCACUUCUCCAGCAAUUUGGUACUGCUCAGUUUGGGAUUUUUCUUCACAAUGUCGCGAGUUCUUUGUAUGUAUUAAUUUUGUUAAAAUUAUAGACAGUGCACUGUGUGCUGCAUGCUGACAAUACAUUUUGGAAUUAAUUGAUGGAUUCGACAUUGGAAUGGAAUAUGUACCACGAGUUUUGAGUCUAAAAUCAAUGGAAUUCACAUAACAGCCACAUUGCGCAAUGAACAGUGAGUGCACCAGUUCUGCACUGAUGGAACCACUUUCUUAGGAACACAAAAUAACUUUUUUUUUGUGGGGGAGCGGAGUGGGGGUACCUAUAAUUUCCUUGGAUAUUGCCUUGACAUUUAUUUAUUUAUUUUUUUAUACUGUGCGUUUGAUCUGUCUAUGAAACAUGGAACACACCGGGAUAGAACAAGUGAACCAGGCUCACCAACAGCACGAACCCAUCAGCUUUGGAAUCGAUCAGAUAUUGAACAACACCGACCAGCAAGCAGGCUGCAUGCUGCCAAGCCGGACCGGCGAAGCGGAUUACCAGCUGGCCAGCAAUGUAUAUGCCAAUGGCUACAACAGUGUGUAUAACCCGGCCUGCUCCGUGGCAGCAGGGUUAGCAGGGUCCUAUAACGUGAACAUGAAUGUUAGCAUGCAUAUGAAUGUUAAUGUGAACCCCGGGGGUGCAGGCGGAGUAAUCAGGGUCCCAGCCCACAGGCCAAUGCCACCAGCGCCCCAUCCACCUCCCCUAACCCACCCGCCAGGCUUCCCUGCCGGCGUGCACACGGCGGGCAACGUGGGGAACUUCACCUUCCCCUGGAUGGAGAGCAGUCGACGGUUUGCAAAGGAUAGGCUCACAGCGGAUCAGACUGUGGAAGGACAAGUCGGAGGCCACUCAACGAGAACAGUGGCUGCAUCCCUGUCUGGCCUCCAGUCUGCUCCAGCAGUGGAGAUCUGCAGGGCAUCUACCUGGGGUUCUGUGGACACUUUAGCCAAACACUAUUAUCCGCAGCUUGCAUUUGGAGACAGUCCACUAUUGGACUUUCCAGUUCACAAGGGUGGUCGCCCAGCGGCCUUGUCUCCGUUCUCAAUGACCAGGAGGAUUGGACACCCCUAUCAAAACCGGACCCCGCCCAAGAGGAAGAAGCCCAGGACGUCGUUCAGUCGAGUCCAGAUCUGUGAGCUGGAGAAACGCUUCCACCGCCAGAAGUACCUGGCCUCAGCAGAGCGGGCCACCCUGGCCAAGGCACUGAAAAUGACAGAUGCACAAGUCAAGACCUGGUUCCAGAACAGGAGAACAAAGUGGCGGAGGCAGACGGCAGAGGAGCGGGAAGCGGAGAGGCAGCAGGCGAACAGGUUGAUGCUGCAGCUGCAACAGGAGGCUUUUCAGAAGACCCUGAGCCAGCCCAUGCAACAGGACCCUCUCUGCUUGCACAACUCCUCCCUGUACGCCCUGCAGAAUCUCCAGCCCUGGGCAGAAGACAACAAGGUCACCUCCGUCACAAGCAUGGCCUCAGUCGUCUGAGGAAGUGACAGAGGAAGUGAUAGAAAAUAAAAACAAGACCAGCACAGACCGAGACUGAGAAAAGCACUGGCUCCAGAUACACUGCCAUUGGGAAUGGUUGAUCAGGAGGAGAAGGGCUCUUCGUUUCUGAAAGGAACUGUUGCAAAGCAACUGAAGGCCUUUAUAUAAUAUGAGUCUCCUGCUUCUAAGAGCUGGAAUCCAGCAUAUACUGAACUGGCUGAAACUUUCACUAGGGUUCAGACUCGUGAGCACCGGAAUGUUCAUCCGCAAACUGCAUGGACAUUCUAAAGAAAUAGGGCUUUUAAUGAACUCAAUGGUUUUACUAUCCCUACAUCUGUAUUUUUAUAAUGCUGUUUGUCCUAACUCAACAUCCAGGCAUUUCAUUACUGUUGUCAAACUCCAGUCAAUGCAAAGCUAACAACAACAACGACAAAAAAAAGACAGAAAGUACCGUGGGCAAAUCAUUUCAAUUCUGCUUUUGCCUACACGUUUAGGCUGUCUGUAAACCUGAACAAGUUUUCUAAGGGUUUGGUCAAUGUUUCCAUUAAGCCUAAUAUAAAUCUACCAAGAGUGGCAAGUGAAUAAUACCAAAGCUCAACGUCUUUCACACUACAAUACAAAAACUAUCCAGCUUUUUGUAGAAAUAUGCAAUGCAUGUCCCUGAUUUUGCUUUUUAGUUGAACUCUCCAUAUAUGCUUUGCUUUCAUGCAGGUUCAUCGCCAGCCCAACAUUUAUACUGUGUGAACAGAAGUGACAUUUUAACUUUCAGCUUGCAAAUGUGCUGUGGGAUUAUAAAAUUCAUGAAUUGCUUGGUAAUCUGUACGAUAAUAUCACAUGGGAUCAUACUAACAAAUAAAACUUGCAUAGCUGUCUCAAGGCUAAGGUUCCAUCAUAAACCUGGUUCCUUGUCUUUCGAUCGCCCAGGUUCCCAUCAGGUCCUUUUCCUUUCUUUCUCGGUUAACCAAUGGCAGAUUCCAUUCAAAUGCAUGUAUCAACCUUUGUGGAAAAAUACAUUUUCAUAGCCGUGGCCAAUUCAGAAAAAAGUACCUCAUAACCUGACCUAUUUCAGGAAGAGCCAUCUCAUUGGCUGUUAAUGACUGCUUCUACUUAUGCCUUUGUCGUUUGGGUGUUAUGAUUAGUCAAAUUCGUCAGUGAAACUAAGCCAAAUGAGUAGCGGUGUUAUAAGACAGCCUGAAACAACCCCCACUAGUCAGUGGAUGGCAGCUUUAGGUCCUUGGUGUGUCCUAAUCUUCAUGUCACAUCACAAACUAUCCCUUAUAACAGUUUACAAUGGUAAAAGAAUAGGAAAGUAUAAUAAAACAUAGAGUAAAAGGUAUGGUAAAGCAUAGGUAAGGUGGUAAAGAAUACUGAGGUGUGGUAAAGCAUAUUAAUAAACAUGACAAACCAGGGUAAACUAUGUUAAAAAGCAUGGUAACAAUGCAAAAAUAUUGUACAAAAAUACCAUGGUAAACUUUUAUAAGGGUUCAUUUAAAUGAGAUUCAUCAAAUAGCUCUGUCUAAAUUUGUUUUCAAACAAUUAAAAGUGCUUAACAUGGCUUGCAACCAUGUUAAAUGUAAUUCACAAUAUGUUGCACCAAGAUUGGUCUGUUCAUUAAUCAUCAGUGUAGGAGUCGUAGCCUGCAAAUUCUUAAGUAUAAUGGCCUCUUACAGUAUAAAUAUUUUAAUAUACAGGAUCUGCGUAAGCUAAAAUAACGGAACAAAGUUUAAUAUAUAUAAGAUUUUUAGGGUGCAUUGUUGAUAAAAAUCAGCUAUUAUAAGUGGCGCUUGAAAAAUGUGUUAAUAUACCAGUAUGUUUUCUUCAGGCAAACAGUAUCCAUUCUCUUUUAUUAUAUUCUUCAAUCAAGUUCAGAAGCUGCAGUAACCAUGAUUUAAACUGUGAUUAGGACAAGGGAGUAAAUUCAUUUGAUAAUUCAGUCUUUGUAAAGACAGAUUCCAUUAUACCGUUUACCUAUCUAACCUUUAUUAUGAGUAAUGAAGCACUGGAAUGCUAUGUCACUGUUCACAGCUUUUUCGACUGCAAACACAGAUUUCAUAUUUUCUUCUAAAAAAGAGUCAUUUGUAUUUCUUUGAAAAGCAUUCCAAACAGCAAAGUAUUUAAUUAUAUAUAUAUAUAAAUUGCUUGUUCCAUCCAUUCCUCCUUUUAUAUUAAGUUUCCAAAGACAUUUUGUAGAUCACAGAAUGUUGAUUUUAUAUCGGUAUGUACACAGACUGGAAAUGAAAGCACUGACUUUGUUUUUACAAACUAGAGAAUAGAGCAGCGAGGACACUACUUUGUAUUAAAGAAAAAUGGACCCAGACGUUAACCGCUAGAACAAAUCUUUUGUAUCACUUAUAGAAUUAACUAAUUUUGCUUCAUAAAAAGUUGAAACCUGCAUUAACAGAUUGAAUUACAUACCGCUUUGUAGUUUUCCAUAUACUUGAACUGACAAAAAUCUAACAUGAAAUACUGUACUGCUAUAAUGGCUUCCGGUAGACUUUUGAGGUAUAAUUUUGUAGUUUCUUUGAUUACAUGAUGUUAAAUAAAAUAUCUAAAUUAUGUUUAUAUAUAUAUAUAUAUAUAUAUAUAUAUAUAUAUAUAUAUAGAAUGUCACAAUCGUUUUGUAGAUCACAGAAUGGACUUGGUUAGUUUCCAACAACCUGCGCACUUUAGAAAUAAACUAUAAUAAGACUAGACAAACGUUUUGUCAAGUAGUCAAGUUGUCUUCCGUGGUAUAAUAGCUUUGUCCUAAAAAUAAACUUUUAUAAGUUUAAAAAUAGAAAAACCAUUUUGUUUUAGCUCUUCUCAUUGGAUUGUUUGUCAGAUUUAUAAAAAAAUAUUUUUUAAUAGUACUGUAUACUAGUGUUUAAUAGUAGUGUUUGAAAUUAUGGAUGUAACUACACACCUUGUUUCAAGAAAAAAAAAAACUGGCUAAUUUUGAAAACAUCUAGUGACUUUUAAAAAAGGAAACACCUUUCCAAUGCAUCAGUCAUCACAUCUUGUACUGGUGCAUGAUAUACAGAGGGUUAAGCUAUUAUGGGGUGAGUAUUAAUUGAAACUAACCAAGUCCACCUUAAAUAAAUAGUCUAAUCAUCUUAAACAAAAGUUUCUUUAUAAGAAAUCUAUAAUGUACAAGUUCAAGAGUUUGCAGGCAAUCACUCAAAUACUGUAACAGCUAAUAUAGGUUUCAUUGGUUCACAUGGUAGAGAUAGAAAUGUAUAUAUACACAGUGCUCUACUAAACAUAUGUGACCACCCCUGAUAUGGAGCAUCUAAUGCACCUUACAAAGUCACGUGUUACAAAUUAGUAAUGAUAGCAUGUACUGUAUAAAAGGUUGAGUCACUGAUGAUACAACUCAGUUUGACCCCAAUGCCUUCAAGAAGACAGCUACCUGAGUUUGAACGAGGUGUGACAGUAGUUAGCCAUUUUUAGGGAAUCAGAAAGAACAAACAUCAAAAAACAGGAUCAACCUAAGAAAAGGGAAAUAAGUACUGAAAUGAAUUAUCAAGUUAAACAGGCAUAUAGUGUAGGAUGGAGAUGAAUUGGACUCAUUCCCCUAUCUUAUAGAAGGACUGCCUACUUUCAAGUGCCACCCACUCUAACAGUGGAUUCACAAAACACUAAAUGAGUAGGGUUGGGUAGUGGUCCAACACCUUUUCCAGGAUGCUGUAUAUAGACUGUGCAGACGAUAAAUCUGAAUUACUGUAUAAUCCUGCUGUGCUGGUCAUUUAGUUAGGGUUACUGAAUGAUCUGCCAUCUAUCCAGUUUCUAGCAGCCAGAUUGCAAACCACUGUAUCACUUUGUUUACUGGAUGACUACCAAAAAUCAGCUAUGCUAUUUAUCUACUUAGUGCAUUGACUGCAGCCAUCAAUCCUAGUCCCUGGGUAAACAGAAGCUGUGUGCAUCAUUUUCAGUUGAUUUGACUAUGUUCAUUGCAAUGUCAUAUCAAUCAAUGUAAAACUGUUCUUGCUUGGUGUGUACAUUAUUUACAUACAUGGUGGUACUGUUGGUCACCUUAAUGUUGUUAUUAUUAUUUAUUAAUUCAGAUAUUUACACUGGGUUUAUAUUUGCUCAAGGAUGUCAGAUUCAACUGUGUAGAAUUAAAAUAGAUUUUGAAAUGAAAUACAUUUAUUCAAAUAGACUUGAGUUGGGUGUGUGAAAGGAGAAGGGGGAGGUGGGGGUGCCACACAUCAUAAUUAGGGCUGAUCUGCUUAGUGAUAAAAUCUGGGGAUAUUCAGUUGACAAUUUUUCUACGUGCCUGUGUGUGUUCAGCCAAUGAUAUUGCAUUUUCUGAUCACCUGAUUUCACUCUCCACUUUGCUAAAUAGGAAGUAUGGCUACAGACAACUGGAUGCAUGAGGAAACUUUAGAAUUGAUCGAUUAUUUGCAUGAUACAAAAUGUUGUAGUAUGUUAGAUGUGCAGAAUAUAAAGACUGCAGUAAAAAAAAGAAGAUGAAUAUAAGAAAUUAACAAAUAUUUUCACCAGUGGAGGUAAAAGUCAAACUAAAGAUAUAUAUUUUCCUUCUCUCUGCAAAAUAUUCAGUUUGGAAGUUCUUCAGUUUGUCUUUUACCUCCGCUGGUCCAAACGAGUAUUUCUAUGUCAACGUCUUUUCAAAAUUGUUCCAAUUACUAUAGCAGCUACUGAAACAUGUUUACUGCAAACAGGCGCCAUCAUAAAAUUGUCAGUUUUCCAGUGUGCCUGGCACAUUUAGUUUUUGUUGUCAACUAGAAUUAAUGAUAAAAAUUAGUCGUGUAUCUCCGGUCUAGGGAUCUGCUUAUCUACUAAUACUGCUUUUUCCAAGCAAGUCUUCAAACUGCCUGACCUCUUCAUCAGGACAUGUAGGCAGAGCAUUGAGGUGACAAAUGUGCUGUUCAAGUUAAUUCCAUACAUCCUCUGAGAUGAGAUUGAGAUGUGGGGAUUGUGGAGCCCAUGAAGGAUCUGGCAUGCUCUUCAAAGCAUUCACACACAGUGAGGCACAGUGGUUGCAUUCAUUUCUUAAAGGUAGACAUCGGCAUUAGGGUACAGCAUUGUUCGGUGGACUUGAUAAGUGAACCUCAGAAUUUGUUUGGCCUUCCAAAGUAAUCAAGUACCACGUUUUCAUGAACCACAGAUCUCAGGAACGUGCUUGAGUUACUCCCUCCCACCUCCGUUUCCAUGUUUAUAAAUUACUCGAGUUGGCUCCCAAUUUGGGCAGGAGUCUGAAUUCUCUGGUCCGAUUUCACUCCUCGGGCUGGCCUGAAAUCUAAAGUCUGAAUUUGGGCUGGGAGGAAAUUACAUCACUAAAUGUCAUUCAAAAAUGUUGUAAGGGGCGGGAACAUACCCUAUAACGGGGCAUUUUGGCCGGUAUUAAAUUCGACGGAUUGGCUACCUUGGGUAAUAUUGACAUUUUUUUAAUUAACUUUUUUUUUUUAAUCUAGGACGUUCACAAAGAAAAAUGCAACACAGUUUUGCAUUUAUACUUUUAAUUCCAAAAACAUUCAAAUAAAUGUCUACUUAAUGAAAUAUGUCUGUUAAAACAGUAUCUCAUUUAUAGCAACUUAUUAUACUAGCAUCUACAAUGUCACUGCAGCAACUUGGAGAACAACAAAAAAGGCUUUCUAAUCAGUUACAGUAUUUAUAGUUAUUAUAUGGCCCUUAAUUUUAAAUUACUAGUAAACUUUUACGAUAAGCAUUUGCUUUCUCAGUUUUAAAACUUAGCUAUGGUUCACAACAUAACACAGUGGAAUGAUCACAGCAUUAUGUAAUUAUGGGCAGUAUUGCCACAUGUGAAAACUUUAACAAUAUAAAGCCGAAACAAAAAUGCUUAAUUUGCUUCCAAAUCAUUUCAAACUGGUUAAUAGACUAGCAAGCACUGGUAAAAUCACCUCAGUUUUAUAUGGUGCAGAACUAAUUUAUUUUAAUGUCUUGUUUUGUUUAUGGACUUUGCGAUACCUGCACGAUGGCUGUCUUCAGUAAUCGUAUCUACAAUGUAUCGACAAUAAUGAUCAACCAUUUUGUUAGACUUUCUAACAAGUCUGGCAGUUAAUUAAACUUUUGUUGAAAAAAAGAACACAA